AUGACGAGUGUGGCUCGCUUUGAUGUUGUGGGCGAGCACUGCAAGUGCUUCCUGCUUGAGGCACACAGGGCGCAGGAGGAUUUCUCCACGUUUACACUCGAUGACGUGGACCAAGCCUUUGACAACAUCACCCGCAUCAAGUACUCGCAGACCGUCAACCUUCCCGGUGUUGGCAUCUCCAUCACCGCAUACCCCGCCGGACACAUGAUUGGCGGCAGCGUGUGGCGGAUCACCAAAGACGGCGAGAACGUGGUGUAUGCGGUUGACUACAACCACCGGCGCGAGUGGCACCUCAACAGCACCUCCCUGGACAUUCUCACGUGGCCGGCCAUCCUCAUCACAGACACCCUCAACGUCGCCUACACGUCCCCAAAGCGGCGCGAAGUGCUCGGGCAGCUGCUGGCCGCCGUGCGCGAGAGUCUCAACAAACAGGCAAACGUCCUCGUCCUCGCCGACACGGCCGGCAGGUCGUUUGAGCUGCUGCAGGUGCUGGAUCAGCUCGCGGGGAAGAUGUCCGGCGCAUCGCAGUUCUUCUUUGUCGGCGCGUGCACACAAGUCGUCAUGGACACCGUCACCACAAUGGUGGACUUCUUGUCCGACGGGCUUCAAGCCCAGAUGAACGAGCACAAGGCCAUGCCGUUUCGCUUCCCGAACAUCAAACGCGUGCAGUCGCUCGACGCCAUCAACGCGCACCCAGGACCAAAGGUUGUUGUGACGGCGGAACUUGGGCUGGAGGCCGGGUUCUCGCGCCAGCUCUUUGCGCAGUGGGCGGCAAACCCAGACAACGCCAUCAUCUUCACACGGCGGCCCGAUGAAGACACGCUUGCACACAGCAUCUACCACAACACGGCGCCAGACACGCUGCAGCUUCGGCUCGGGGCGCGGGUUGAGCUUGAGGGCGAGGAGCUGGAGGCACACCGGGCGGAGCGGGAGAUGCGCGAACACAUGGACGAGACGGCGGCGGCAUCCGACGCAGCGGCUGAUGGGAUGGGGCGGGAGAUGGGCAUGGAUGUGCAGGAGGAGCAGCUCAGCAGCGACGACGAGGACCACGAGCCAUAUGAGCGGCACGAUCUGCUUGCGUUUACGGCGAGCAAGGCCGGACCCGUACAGCGCCGCCGCAACGCCGUCUUCCCAGAGGACACGCACACGAUGGACUGGGACGACUAUGGGCUGAAGGUUGACAUGUCGCGAUACAGAAUAGAGGUCGUCCCUGAAGCGCCGGAGCCGGCGGCCGAGACGGCCAUGGAUCAGCGGGAAGAUUCCUCCGCCAUCCUCACCGCCCUGCUGGAGAAGCCAACGAAAGUGGUGGAACACGUCGUUGAAAUCUCGCUCAAGUGCAAGGUGCAUCGGUUUGACGUUGAGGGGCGGACGGACGGCGAGUCGAUGAAGCGGAUCAUGGAGCACGUCAAGCCGCGCAACCUCGUCCUCGUCCAGGGACCACCAGCCGAGACGAAGACCUUUGCUGAGUUUUGCCAGUCCAAGCUGGGCAUUGAGAACAUUGUCACGCCGGCGUUUGGCCGCCCCGUCGAAAUCACGUCUGGCCGUAACAUCUUCCAGGUGAAACUGCGAGAGGCGUUGGUGUCUGCGCUUGAUCUUCGCCGCGCGGGCGACUAUGAGGUGGCCUGGGUGGACGGGGUCAUGGCCAAGGGAAUCAAGCCCGCAGCGCCCGAAGGCGAGGGUGGUGAUGGCGAGGGCGGUAAUGGUGAAGGUGGUGAGGAUGCGGAUGCGGGAUCGCUGACGUCAAACAUCGACAUGGACGCGGGGGUGCCUGAGCUCGGCGUGGACGAGGAACCGGAGCCACACGACGUCGUGUUUGUUGGGGAUUUGCGCCUCUCCGACUUUAAGCGGCUCCUCAUCGACGAGGGAUACGAGCCCCCCUUUUCAUCCAGAUGA